GCCCGAGCCGGGCUGGGGGGUUGGGACCUCCGGCUGCCGGGCUGUCUGGGCCAGACGCGCGAACGCAGGCUGAGGGUUCGUGGUUACCCCCCGGCCUCCGCAGUCCCCGCCGAACCCUGACCCUCCUGGCCGCCGCCGCCUCACCUCGUCGCCAUGCGCCUCCGCCGCCUAGCGCUGUUCCCGGGCCUGGCACUGCUCCUCGCCGCGGCCCGCCUCGCCGCUGCCUCUGACGUGCUGGAACUCACGGACGACAACUUCGAGAGUCGCAUCUCCGACACGGGCUCUGCAGGCCUCAUGCUUGUCGAGUUCUUCGCCCCCUGGUGCGGACACUGCAAAAAGCUUGCCCCAGAAUAUGAAGCUGCAGCUACCAGAUUAAAAGGAAUAGUCCCAUUAGCAAAAGUUGAUUGUACUGCCAACACAAACACCUGUAAUAAGUAUGGAGUGAGUGGAUAUCCAACCCUGAAGAUAUUUAGAGAUGGUGAAGAAGCAGGUGCUUAUGAUGGGCCUAGGACUGCCGAUGGAAUUGUCAGCCACCUGAAGAAGCAGGCUGGACCAGCUUCAGUUCCUCUCAGGACUGAAGAAGAAUUUGAAAAGUUCAUUAGUGAUAAAGAUGCUUCUGUGGUGGGUUUUUUCAAGGAUUUAUUCAGUGACACUCACUCUGAGUUUCUGAAAGCAGCCAGCAACUUGAGGGAUAACUACCGAUUUGCACACACCAAUGUUGAAUCUCUGGUGAACAAGUAUGAUGAUGAUGGAGAGGGUAUCACCUUGUUUCGUCCAUCACAUCUGAUGAACAAGUUUGAGGACAGGACUGUGGCAUAUACAGAACAGAAAAUGACCAGUGGAAAGAUUAAAAAAUUUAUUCAGGAAAACAUUUUUGGUAUCUGCCCUCACAUGACAGAAGACAAUAAAGAUUUGAUACAGGGCAAGGACUUACUUAUAGCCUACUAUGAUGUGGACUAUGAAAAGAAUGCUAAAGGUUCCAACUACUGGAGAAACAGAGUGAUGAUGGUGGCAAAGAAAUUCCUGGAUGCUGGGAAGAAACUCAACUUUGCUGUAGCUAGCCGCAAAACCUUUAGCCAUGAACUUUCUGAUUUUGGCUUGGAAAGCACUACUGGAGAGAUUCCUGUUGUUGCUAUCAGAACUGCAAAAGGAGAGAAGUUUGUCAUGCAGGAGGAGUUCUCGCGCGAUGGCAAGGCUCUUGAGAGAUUCCUGCAGGAUUACUUUGAUGGCAACCUGAAGAGAUACCUGAAGUCUGAGCCUAUCCCAGAGAGCAAUGACGGGCCCGUAAAGGUGGUGGUAGCAGAGAAUUUUGAUGAACUAGUGAAUGAUGAAAAUAAAGAUGUGCUGAUUGAAUUUUAUGCUCCUUGGUGUGGUCACUGUAAGAAUCUGGAGCCUAAGUAUAAAGAACUGGGAGAGAAGCUCAGAAAAGACCCAAAUAUUAUCAUAGCCAAGAUGGAUGCCACAGCCAAUGAUGUGCCUUCUCCAUAUGAAGUCAGAGGUUUUCCUACCAUCUACUUCUCUCCAGCCAACAAGAAGCUGAAUCCAAAGAAAUAUGAAGGUGGCCGUGAAUUAAGUGAUUUUAUUAGCUAUCUAAAGCGAGAGGCUACAAACCCCCCUGUAAUUCAAGAAGAAAAACCCAAGAAGAAGAAGAAGGCACAGGAGGAUCUCUAAAGCAGCAGCCAAAAACACCACUUUGUAAAAGGACUCUUCCACGAGAGAUGGGAAAACUAUUGGGGAGGACUGGGACCCAUAUGGGAUUAUUACCUCUCAGGGUUGAGAGGACAGAAUGGAUAUAAUCUGAAUCCUGUUAAAUUUUCUCUAAACUGUUUCUUAGCUGCACUGUUUAUGAGAAUACCAGAACCAGUUUAUGUUUGUGGUUUUGGGAAAAAUUAUUUGUGUUGGAAGGAAUGUUGGGGGGGGGGAAUUGAGGUGGGGGUUAUUUUCUAAUUUUUUUUGUACAUUUGGAACAGUGACAAUAAAUGCGCCCCCUUUAUACUGUCUUUUCUCCACGAGGUGGGGAAGCAGAGGUUCUCUAGACCAGCACUGUCCAGUAGAACUUUCUGCUAUGAUAUAAAUGUUCUAUAAUCUUUA